AUGAGCCCAACUACAACCGCAGCCCCAAGGGAACCGCCGCAACCUCUAUCAGACGUCGAUAUCAUACGAUUGGCCCAAUCCUGCUCACCAAUCCCCUCCUUCCUCCUCACCACCUCGUCCCACCAAACCCUCCUCUCCUACCUCACUUAUCGCUCUCAAUCCUCUUCGCCGUCGAAGCCAGUCUCCGAUUACACACUCUCUCUCCUCUCCCUCAUCUGUCUAUCUCCCCAAACCCACUCUCUCUCUACCCUUCUCUCCUCCGUCCUCCUCUCCUACACCCACCUCUUCACCUCCUUCAGAAUCCCACACGACCCAAACUCCCUCAAGACCAUCCAGUUCUUCCACACCCUCUUACCCUACGUACCCACCACCGACCUUCCCCAAAUAGUAGAACCCAUUGUGUCAUUUUUGCCCCAAAUCGUCGAUUCCGAGAAUGCCCAGAUCCUCGAUCUCCUUCCCCGCUGCUUCAACUUGAUUCGCAAUGCCGAGGAGAUUGAAGGUGGUGGGCAUUUUGUCAAUUCGGUGAUUGAUAAGAUUCUGGGGAUCAAUUGGUCCAAAUGGUUGGUGAUCAAGAUGGUUUCGAUUGUCCGGGACUUUCCAGUUCUAGAUAAAACGAGGGCUCGAGAGUUUGUCGAAAAGGUGUUCGUGGGUAUGUCUAGCUUAGACUUGCAGGACUUGCCGUCGCUAGUGUACCAGUUGCUGGUUUUGGGGUCCAAAGGGUUUGUUAAGAGGGAGGUGAUUGAAGGGAUUGUGUCGUUUUUUGGGUCGAAUAUGGGGUCCAAGGCGAGCUCCAUAGUUAGGCAAGUUGAAGGGACUGUGUUGCUUCACGUGAACUUUGCAGUGAAGCAGGACCCUUCACUGGGACAAGAGGUGAUGGGGCUUGUGAGGUCCGAUCUCAGAGCUUUCAAUCAUUUUACUGUUGCUGUUUUGUUGUCGGUUUCCAGGGUUCGGAAGUUCGGCGACAGCUCGAUGGGGGCUUUGAAAAUAGCUCUGCUUACCGCGUACCGGGAUUACAAGUUUGUCAAAGAUUGUAAGUGGAUACCUGAUGACAUGAAGGAAGAAUACCUGCAGAAUGUCAAAGUAGUGGAGAAGGCCAUGUUAAGAGCUGUUAAUGAGAGCAACUAUGGAAAGGAACAUAUGGUGCCCAGCAUUUUGGAGUUUUCUUUUUCAUUGCUAGAGUCAGUGGAAGGGGGAAAUCGUAAAGAGCCCUGCAAUUCAAGUGGUUUGUUAGGCAUCGAGGAGCUUGCUAUUCAGAUGCUGAAAGCUCUAUUCGAAGCCCAUGAUAUGGCAAGGAAUGAGAUUAUCGAGCAGUGCAAAUUUCGCAUCCUCUCUUUAAAGCCAGAGCAGAGCAUGGCAAUCAUAAGACUGCUUGGUAAUCUUGUUCAAAGUUAUCCGUAUCCCAUGUUAGAACAUGUUUCCCGUAUGAAGGAAUUGUUAGAUUAUUUCACUUUCAUGCAUGGCAAAGUUGCUGCGGAAGUUGUUUCUGUUUUAUUGCCUCUCAUCAAGUUCAGCCGUGAUCUUCAGGAUUACACAAUUUUGGUAAUGCGUAAGGCAAUGUUUAGACGAGAAGAUGCAGUUCGUCUGGCAGCAACUUCUGCUGUUAUUGAUCUAAUUGUUGCAGAAAAACAAUCCAAGAGAGAUGACCCAUUAUCUUUUCAAGAGUCAUCUAGCCAAGCUAGUAGCAGCCAGCAAUCUGAGAUACGCUACAGCAUGGGGGGAGGCCUCUUUCAAGAGCUUAGUGGUUUGCUACAGAGAUGUCUUUAUCAGCAGGCAAAUGUCAAGGAAGUCCUGUAUCAUGGACUUGUGAAGCUUGUGCUGGUGGACCUGUCAAGUGGGAGGGCUGUCUUUGAUUUUCUGUUGCCUCACUUCCUCCAGUUCUUUAAGGAGGAUGAAGACAUUCAACUACAAAUUAACUGCUGUGUCAAAUCAGAGAGUGGCAAGGCUUAUAUUGAAGAGCCUUUACAUUGUCUUCUAUCUUGUAUCUCUUGGAUGCUACUUCUACAACCGCAUGGUAAAACUGAGCAAGCCUUGGAAUCAUCAUGGGCAUGUUUAGGUUUCUCCCUUUCACAAGAAAACGAGGCAGGAAGAAAUUCGUCUGUUGACUCCUUCCGUACUGCUUUUUUGAAGAUACGGAAGUCUCUAAGAAAUCAGAAUUUGGAAGAGUGGGAACUACUUAAGUCCCUUAAGAAGGGAUCAGGCAUCUUUGGUCAAACUCAGGAUCCAGGAUCUGCAUCUGUUGAAGAGGACAAAAGAAAAUGCUGCGCGUUGGUUUUAUCGGGAAUUAUUGAAGUAGUCUUGAAUUCUAUUGCUACUGAGUUGGAGAAAGCAACAGAUAGAAAGAAAUUGGAUCUGGAAAAGGAGCUUAUUGAGUUUGUUGACCUUCAUGAUUCAUUGGAUAAGGAUACAGGUUUCUCCAGGCAGAGUACAGUUAUGAGAAGAGGAAAUCCUCGCACUUCCGCUCAUGAUGUACUAAACAACAUGGAGUCAGGCCACUCAAAAAUGACACAAGGACGAAUUUCUUUCUUUGCAACUUCGAGUAUAUAUCAGAUAUUGCAAACAGUAUUGAAACUACUCAACACUGAUAAUCCUAAUCACAUUGCAGCUUCCCAAAACCAUAGCCAGCUUACUUCCAAGACAUCAAAAUGCUGCUCUAAGAUGAUUUGUUUUGUCUUGAAUGCGUCCCUUAGUCAUAUAAAAUCUUCCUCUGUUCUGCAAAAUGACGAUCCAUUGAGAACUUUGAUCUAUGGAGAAAUUAAAGUGCUAGGUCCCCCCUUGUUGAAAUUGAUAUUUUUGCUUACAUCAGGGCCAAAGAUGGUGUCAAAUCAAAACAAAACGGAAGCUAAGGGAAAGAAAGAUGUUCAAGAACAAAAGGAACAUCUUCAUCUAGCCUUGAUUUGCUUGAAGGAAUUGAUAAUGAUUUGCUCACGGACUUCACACUUGACUGGUUUGCUUGAAGAUAUGGUUUCAAUCUCCACUUUUCAGCAUGCUGGUUCAGAUAAUGAAAGUGAAACAAUCUCCAUAAUCGAAGAUCAACAUACAAGAAGCAAAGAACUGUUCAUUGUAAAAACCUUGAAGCCUCUAUUUUCUGAGCUUCGUGCACUUUCAUUUUUUAGUGAAGUUGAGAUUAUUUGUGACAUGAUAUUGAUCAUUGGGGGCAAAUUGCCAUGCAAAUUAAGUAACUCCCAUGGAGCUUGGGCUAUUAGUGUUUGCAAGAGCAAUGAAAUAUUAAACUCAAAGUUUGCUAAAAGUGUUGUGACACUGGCUUUAUGCUUAAGCUCACCUCCAAAUGAUUUAAUAAUAUGUCAAGAUAUGGCUAGAGCGCUGUUACAGGUUAUUGGAUCAGAGGGAAAUGUCCCAGUGAAGGUGUCUGAAGUGUACCCCCUCGUAAACCAUCUGACAAGUCCCACAAUAAAUUCUUGUAUCCUGCACAUAAUUGAAGCAGUUAUAGUUGAUAUGGAUUGGGCCAUCAAAAAGUUGAAGACAUUCUCUUUAGUCUCUCAAAAAAGCAUUCAUCUUAGUCAGAACAUCGAGCAAUCUCCAGUGUUGGCACUUGAGGAAAAUCUUUACAAUAGGGCAGAAGCAGUGGUGAAAGUACUAUCAUCCUUUGCUUCAAUGAGCCUCAACGAUACUCAAGCUGAGUUUUUGCUGCGAUUUUGUGCAAGGUUUUACAAGCAUUUAGCUCAGAUGUCAAAGCUUAGGAUUGCUCCUAAAGGUUGCAAACAGAUUUUUCCUAGCCUUAAGUUUCAGAAGCUUGUGGAGGUAACCUGCAAGCAGCUCACGAAUCCUCUAUAUGACUUUGUGGCAAUUAUGCAAGGGAAACAUCAAGAAAAUGCUAAUACAAAGGGAAUGAUCAACAAAAUAAAGAGGGAGAACAGAUGCAUCCCGGAGCUGAUAUUUCAAAUAGAAGAUUAUGAAAAGUAUCUCAUCCAGCUUAGCAAAGUGUGCAAAGUAAAUUUAUUAAGGCACGCGAAGCGUAGUACUGCACGGGAUUUCAGAAUAAUCCCAAACAACAUUAACAGGGAAGAAGAUCCUCCAGGUCGAGAACCAAACCAGGACAAUUCCAAUGCAGUUGAAAAUGAGUCAGGUGAGGAUCUUGGUGACGAUGAAGGAGAUGAUGAUGGGUCAGAGCAUAUUUUAUCACCAGAAGACAAUAGUCCUCUGGUUGCAGGGGACUCUGGCUGUGAUAAUGAAGAUGGAGAUGGCCUUCCUAGUGCCAAGAGGUUGAAGAGAAGCAACAGAGUUGUGCAGGACUCUGAUGAUGAAGCCUAA